AUGUUUAGUCCCAAUCAGCAAGAGAAGGAUCGAGCUGCAACAAUCCGAUCCAUUAAAAAAAGAUUGUUGAUAUAUUGGGAAGAAAGGAAGCUCUUUAUGCAGGAUCCAGCCAUCAAUAUGGCAGAAUUCACCCAUGAGAGCAUUGAGGAGCAGGAAUGGAGUUUGCAGGAGGAAGUACUAGAUUUUGCACCAGCAGCGCUAUAUGAUUCUUUACCAGAAGUAGAAGAUCCACUGCAUGAAAUAAACUUAGGGACAGAAGAGGAUCCUAGACCCACUUUCAUUAGUGCAUUGCUGGAGGAACCACUCAAGAGUGAAAUCAUGGCACUCUUGCAUGAUUUUAGAGAUUGUUUUGCUUGGCAUUAUCAUGAGAUGCCUAGAUUAGAUAGAAAGUUGGUGGAACACAAGCUGCCAAUUAAAGAAGGUUACCUCCUAGUCAAACAGGCCAAAAGAAGGAUGUCUAUACAGAACUGA